UUUUUUGGAACAUAUGCUGAAUGACUGCGUGAAAAAAGAUUAAAUUGUCAGUGGAGCAGCCCGACAGCAUUACAGACAUUGGAGUGUUUCCUCUAGCUCAGCCUCGCUUUCUGUGCGCACCACCUCCUGCCUCUGUAACAUUACCCACCUCUGGAAAUAUCUCAGCAGUCCUGCCGACACAGCCUGUAGUGAACUUAAUGAGCCUCGUCCUGCACUCAGGUCUAAAGCUCAGACAGACAGAAAGACGCAGAGACAAGGUUAUAUCACGGCUGGAUCUCGCUGCUUUCAUAUUCCUGCAUGCGGUUCCUGGAUACUGCACACUGCGUCUUAAUGAGCAAGCUGUGUCCGUUCGAAAUUUCACUGAAUUCCCGUGUCGCCGAUCAGCCACUAUGGUUAAAUGUCUUGUUUAAUGGUUGAGGUGUCACUUUGAAGUUGAAUGUCACCCUUCGUUUGCUGCGCGACGACGUUCCGCUCUCGCGGCGCAGGAUGGCCGAGUUUGGGUGCGGUCUCAUUUGAAAGUCCAGACCAAAAUGCUGUCUGCAGCCGUGUGCUGGGGGAUGGAGGCCUGAAGGGGGCACCAGCAGGUCUGCGGUCGGAGCGCAGAGGUUCUUACCCACCCAUUGACCUACGGCUGUUAAACAGGGAGCUCAGCACCAAGAGGAAGGUGAAGAGACUGCUAAGCUUUCAGAGGUACCUCUAUGCUCAGCGCCGGCUGCGGGGUCCAGGCUUCCAGAACUCCCUGCACCUGCUAGACGAGGACUAUCAGGGGCAAGCGGUGCAUAUGUUGUCGAAAGUCGGAACGUGGAGCUUUGAUAUUUUCCUGUUCGACAGACUCUCCAACGGAAACAGUCUGGUGACACUUCUCUGUCAUCUUUUCAAUGUGUAUGGGCUUAUUCAUCAUUUCCAGUUAGAUAUGGUCAAAUUGCAUAGAUUUUUUGGGAUGGUCCAGGAGGACUACCACAGCCAGAACCCUUACCACAAUGCCAUUCAUGCCACAGAUGUCACCCAGGCAAUGCACUGCUACUUACAGGAGCCUAAGAUCGCUCACCAUCUCAAACCACUGGAUGUUUUCCUGGCCCUUUUGGCGGCAGCCGCCCACGAUGUGGACCACCCCGGGGUCAACCAAUCCUUCUUGAUCAAGACCAAACACCACCUGGCCAGCCUGUACCAGAAUUCCUCAGUGCUGGAGAACCACCACUGGCGCUCCCUAGUGGGCAUGCUCCGGGAGUGCAGCCUACUGUCCCAUCUUCCCCCAAGUACCUUGCGAGACAUAGAACAGCAGCUGGGCUCACUCAUCCUAGCCACUGACAUCAGUCGCCAAAAUGAAUUCUUGGGACGCUUCAAAUCCCAUCUGGACAACAAAGACCUGCAGCUGGAGGAUGCCGGACAUCGACACUUCAUGCUGCAGAUCGCCCUGAAGUGCGCAGACGUCUGCAACCCCUGUCGCGACUGGGAGCUGAGCAGUCAAUGGAGCGAGAGAGUGUGUGAGGAGUUCUACAGACAAGGUGACCUUGAGAGGAAGUCCCACCUUGAGAUCAGCCCUCUGUGUGACCAGCAGCUGGAGACCAUUCCCGUCAUUCAGACAGGUUUCAUCACUUGCAUCGUGGAGCCGCUGUUUGAGGAGUGGAUGCGCUUUACCAAUGGAAGCCUCCUGGCAAAGAACAUGCUGGGACACCUGAAGAGGAACAAGGCUCUGUGGAGGCAGCUGCAUCACACACAGCACAAGCAGGCUGCGGGACGGGCCACCCCAUCCCGUGGGGGCACGGGAGUCCCAUAGAUGCUUCCCCAUGAAUGCCUGUCCCACUCUAGUGGUGGUUUCCUUGCAGAGCUGCAAAUAGCCAGGCUUCUGGUAUGCUUUGGAGUCAGAGCUUGCGACUGGCCAAUCAGAGCUCACUAGGCAGCAGCGACCAAUCAGCCCCUCUCCUACCUCAGUUACUGUCGCAGUCCACAGGGCUGGUAUUAAUUGGGAGGCAGCCCGGGUAUGUUUUCGUCUCUGAGAACGAGCAUUCCGCAUCCCACGAUUCAACUCUACUGCAAACGGUGGACCAAAAGGACCUGUGCGGUGUGGAAGCUGCCAGACCGCACCGCGGAACUGGAGCAGCGUGUCUGUAGCGGAGAGCUUGUGAAGAAUCCCUCAGGAGCACGACUGCAUCUCUUCACCUUUUAAGAUGUGCUCCAGUGUUACAUUGAACUUUCCUCUUUACAUUAUUUCUAAACGGGACCAGAUGAGCCCUCAGAAACAGCACUUGUGCAUUUUACCACAAAUUCCUGAUUUUUACAAAUGAUCAGUAAGCUGAUCUGUGUGUGUUUAUGUGUAUAUAUAUGUAUAUGUAUUUUUUCCCUGUGUGUAUAUAUCCACCCUGGUUAUAACAAAUGACUGAACACCGGUACCUGCUUAGAACAAAGGGGACUUGUCACGAAUAUGGUCACUUUUGAAACCAACUUCAUAUGUCACCCAUUUGGCCUGAUUACUUCACCAUGUGCAAAUACAGUGGUAACCUUAACAUAACUUUUAUAACUAUUCAUAUUGCAUAUUUCACUAUGCACUACCCAACUGUUCCUGUGGCUCUAAUAUAAACUACAAAAUACAGUCCAAUACAAAGAAUC